AUGGCUUCUAACUACACCAUUCGCCAAAUCCCGGCCGUGCUUCGCACGAAACAACCCCGGGUUGUCGCCAGCACCUCGCGACGCCUCGCGUCCACUUCCGCCCCUCAAACCCAGAACCCCGCAUACCCGCUCUAUCCCUCCGUUAGCUCACUCCUCCACCAGAAGGGCAUUCCCGAGUCCGAAGUCUCGAAGAUCCCCGCAUCCGGUCCCAAAGGCCGUCUUCUCAAGGGCGAUGUUCUUGCCUACCUCGGCCUCAUUGCCUCAGACUACUCCGCCGCGCAGUCAUCGCGGAUUGAGCAGCUCGCCCACCUCGAUCUAAGCAACAUCAAGAUCGCACCUCCUCCAGCACCAGCAGCACCAGAGCCAGCCCCAGCAGCCGAGAAGCCAGUCGCACAACUGCCUCCCACGAUAUCAGUCGCGGUCUCGAUCUCCCUGGCUACUGUUCUUCGUGCGCAGAGGAAGCUCCAGAAGUCUGUCGGCCUGACAGUUCCUCUUUCUACUUUCGUGGCCCGCGCCACGGACCUGGCAAACGACGAUCUCCCCCGGUCACCGUACGCCAAACCGUCUGCCGACGAGGUCUUCGAUGAACUUCUCGGCGCGCAGCCCAUCAAGGUCUCGCGCGGCGACUACAUCCCCGAGCUCAACGCCUUUGAAGAAGCUUCCGAGCCGCAACCCACCCAGACAGUGAAGGAGGAUCUUAUCGACUUCCUUAUCGGGACUAAGACAACAAAGCGCACCCAGCCCGCUGUCUCAAUUGAGUCCGUUGAACCCGAACAAGCCCUCAAUGUCUUCAGCCUGACCGUUCCCGUGGGCGAGGAGAAGCGGGCCCGGACUUUCCUGGAGCGCAUCAAGACCCUUUUGACCAUUGAACCGGCCAGGCUGGUUAUAUAA